UAACCUGAACCGGAAGUAAGAGUUCCCUUGCGGUGUUUUGAGAAUUCGACACGUCAUGUAAACACAUUUACCGUUUAAAGCGUGUAUGACAGGUGAUAUUCCUCUCACAGGUCCAUCUCAUAUAGUCCCCAUACCAGAUAACACCAAACACGUGGAGAUGACAGCGGGCAGAAACAAGCUCCUUAUUUGUGCUGCAGGGACCUUCAUCUGUUAUUUCUACUAUGGCAUCAUCCAGGAGUCAAUAACAAAGGGCAAAUAUGGAGAGGGAGAGAAGGCAGAAAAGUUCAAAUACACAUUAGCCCUGGUAUUUGUGCAAUGUAUCAUCAAUGCUCUUGCAGCUAAAAUUGCCAUGUUUUGGCAAAAGGAAAGAGACACAACUCCAGGCAAAAUGUUCUCUCUAUGUUCAUUGUCAUACCUGGGUGCAAUGUUGGCUAGCAAUCACGCCCUGCAGCAUGUUUCAUACCCCACACAGGUCUUGGGAAAAUCAGCAAAACCCAUUCCUGUAAUGAUUCUAGGGAUUAUUUUCGCAAGGAAGCGUUAUCCAUGGGCCAAAUUUCUAUUUGUUCUUAUGAUAGUCUUGGGCGUCGCCAUGUUCCUGUAUAAAGAUUCUGGACAAAGCAAGAAAUCAGACACUGACAGUCUCAUUGGCAUGGGGGAGAUUUUACUGUUGGUAUCCCUGACACUAGAUGGUGUAACGGGAGCUGUACAAGAAAGAAUGAGAUCAGAUCAUAAAACAGGGGCCAACAGCAUGAUGUUCAACAUCAAUGUGUGGUCUAUAUUAUGGUCAGCUAUAGGUCUUAUAGUAACAGGAGAAGGCAUAGCAUUCUUAGGUUUCAUGGAAAGACAUCCAUCUAUACUUGCCAAGAUGGUCACAUUUGGUUUAGCCAGUGCAGCUGGACAGACCUUCAUUUUCAUCACCGUUUCCACAUUUGGACCACUAACUUGCUCCAUCAUCACAACCACCCGGAAAUUCUUUACCAUCUUGGGAUCUGUCAUUAUUUUCCAAAACCCUAUGAACAGCCGGCAGUGGAUUGGCACAGUCUUAGUAUUCAUGGGCCUAGGACUAGAUAGUGCAUAUGGAAAAGAAAAGAAACACGUCAAGAAAUGAACUUCAAGGGACGCAAUUGGUUAAUUCUAGGACCAGUAAAACCUUGAGCAAAAAUUUUGGUGCAUAAUGGUGAAACUUUUCAUAAAAAGAUAAUUAAGAGCUUUAGGAGUGGUUACGGAUGAUUGUUAUGUAGGUAGGUUCAUUGUAUUUAGGAAGCUGUAAACCAUAGCCACGUGGACAUAUUAAUAACAGUUAUUCUGUGAUAAAAAGUAACUUAAAAAAUGAUAUAAAAGGUAGCAAGGCAGAGCUUAUAUUUUACAGUGUGUUUAAGUGAUGAAUGUAUGACCAGUGCCUAUAUUUCAUACAGAUCUGAAAACAGUGUUAUGGUAGAACUGAAUAGAAUGAUUCAGUGACGAUCGAAGCGGACAGUUCAAGAACCUGAACAAAUCGUGUACAUGUUCAUGUAGAUCAUGAUUGAACACAUUAUCGGUAAAUGGGAUCAAAAUAACUAGUAUUCAGGAUGGAUGCAAAAUGAAGUUUUCCUCUUAAUGUAAUAAUUCCAUAUGAUUUUAGAAACAAGAAAGUUUGCAUGAUAUAAAAUUUUAUAUUAAUGUACCUAUAUUAGUUUAAUGUGACCAUUGUUAUUUGUAGCUGUUUUUAGCAUAAGGAAAACUUCAUAUCUAACAAUCCAUGGCAUUGCAAUGUUUGUUUGUUGUUUUAAGUCAAUAAAAGUUUAUGUUUUGGAAAUGA